AUGGAAGGUGGGAUAAAUCCAGAAGAUGCAACAGGGUUCAAAGACUGCUUGCUUUUAGCGAGAAAAAGCCCCUAUGUUCUUCGUUUAGCUUUCUUUGCUAGGAUUGGUGGACUGCUAUUUGGCUAUGAUACAGGAGUCAUUUCAGGCGCUCUUCUGUAUAUCCGAGAUGACUUCAAGGCUGUGGAUAAGCAGACUGUUCUACAGGAAAGCAUAGUGAGCAUGGCAGUUGCUGGAGCAAUCAUUGGGGCAGCAAUUGGAGGCUGGUUAAAUGACAGAUUUGGAAGAAGAAGUGCUAUUCUGACCGCAGAUUUCCUCUUCGCCACUGGAGCAGUUCUGAUGGCUGCAGCCGAUCCAGGUGUUCUGAUUUUUGGCAGAGUUUUUGUUGUCUUAGGGGUUGGAAUGGCAUCAAUGACUUCCCCUCUGUACAUCUCAGAAGCUUUACCAGCUAAGGUCAGAGGUGCCUUGGUUAGCACCAAUGGAUUCCUUAUCACAGGACAGUUCUUGUCUUACCUUAUCAAUCUUGCCUUUAGCAAGGCACCUGGGACUUGGCGUUGGAUGCUUGGAGUUGCUGGAAUACCAGCGUUAUCCCAAUUCGUUCUGAUGCCACUGCUUCCAGAAUCCCCCCGAUGGCUAUAUCGCAAGGGCAGAGUAGAAGAAGCAGAAGUGAUCUUGCAAAAUAUUUACCCACCUGAAGAAGUUGAAACUGAAAUUCAUGCUCUGAAGGAGUCAGUUGACAAAGAGAUUAAAGAAAAAGAUUCAUCUGAGAAGAUCAAUGUUUUUCAACUAUUACAAACCAAAACAGUAAGAAGAGGACUUGUAGCUGGUGUAGGUCUUCAAGUGUUCCAGCAGUUUGUGGGCAUAAAUACUGUGAUGUAUUACAGCCCUACAAUUGUUAAGUUGGCUGGUUUUGUAACUACAACAGCAUUGCUCCUAUCUCUUGUUAUUGCGGGCCUGAAUGCUAUUGGCUCCAUUGUCAGCAUAUAUUUCAUUGACAGAACUGGAAGAAAGAAGCUUCUGAUCUUUAGUUUGUGUGGCGUUAUCGUCUCACUUGGUGUUUUAGCAGCAGUUUUCCACGCUACCACUGAACAUUCACCUCCAGUUAGUGCAGCUGAGACGUCUCAUUUUGGAGGGUACACCUGCCCAGACUAUCAUUCUGCUGGAUCUGCUUCCUGGGACUGUACAAAGUGCUUAAAUGCUUCUUCCCCAAGCUGUGGAUUUUGUGCUUCCACUACAGCUAAGCUGUUCCCAGGGGCCUGUUUGAAAACAGUUCAGGAUGCUUGUCGUGGAGAAGACAGGUUAUGGUACACGAGAGGAUGUCCAAGCAGAUAUGGUUGGCUAGCCCUUAUCGGCCUGGCUCUCAACAUCAUAUUCUUCUCUCCUGGAAUGGGUACAGUUCCUUGGAUUGUCAACUCUGCGAUAUACCCUUUGAGGUUCCGAGGGAUCUGUGGAGGAAUAGCUGCAACAGCAAACUGGAUUUCUAACCUCAUAGUGGCCCAGUCUUUCAUCUCCUUAACACAGGCAAUUCGGACUUCUUGGACUUUCCUUAUAUUUGGAGUGGUAUCUGUCGCAGCCCUGUUGUUUGUUUUGGUCUCUGUGCCUGAAACAAAGGGUCUUCCAAUAGAAGAAAUAGAGAAGAUACUAGAAAGGAAAGCUCUGCAGCUGAAGUUCUGGGAGAAAAGGCCUGAUAAUAAGAACCAAGAUGUCUGGCAAAAAUAA